AGACGAGGAAUACUCUUGAACUAGCAGUAGGUAUACCGUGAGUUUAUUUAAAAGAAUUCCUAUAUAGUGUGUUAUGUUAUGAAACAGAUAAAAUAUGAAUACCCAUCUGAUUGACUGGUCUUCAGAGUUAUCUGAUUCAGAUCAUGCCGUAGAUCUGCUCGUUAAUGAAUAUGAUACUACAUCGAUGCCAUUGCCGGACAUUGAAUUCGAACCUCACCUUCUUAUAUCAAAAGUCCGUAAACAUUACAUGGAAUAUAUUAUAAAACUUCUAUCUAUUAAUUAUGAAAAUAACCAGAAACUCUUGAACAAAAAUAUAUAUCUGCCGAGUGCAAUUUGGAGAUGUGCAAAGAACAUUGAAAUGAAAGCUGCUCAGACUUGCAUGGUUGUACAAUUGUACAGGAAAAAUAUUGUAGCAGCGAUAACAGAGCUAAAGAAUGAUACCAAAAGAGGAAAACUCAACAAAAAGCUAUAUGAAUGUCUCCGUAAACCAUCCGUAAACGAAAAGAAGCUGCAAACAACAUUAUCCAACACAAUAGACUGCCAUUGUCAGUGUGUUUGUAAUAAACGAAAGAAAUUCCGAAAAACAACAAUAUCACCUAAAACUAUACCAAAUGAGAUAUCCAAUAUGUCAACAAACGUAAAAAAUGAUGUUUCUAUAUAUAAUAUACCAGUUAUAGCUAAUUUGCAAGCUGACAGUCCCCAAGUGGCCGAUAUCAAUUAUACAACUGCCUCUAAAAAAUCACCUUUGUCAAUUAAUGUAAACCAAACAAAAUUUUCUGAUUUAUCUCAUAAUCCACCAAGAAUGUCCAUUGAAUCUCAAGACUCUGAUGAAUUAAUGAUGCAGUUAGAAAAACUGUUCCAAUGUGAUUCUCAAGAAGAUGAAUUAUUUGAAGGUCCUUUAUAUGAUAAUCUUGAAACUUCUUUACAAGAUGAUCUCACUAAAAAGAAAGAAUGUAAUGAAACUCAAUUAAAUCAACCACAUGAGUCAGUGAUUAGUAACCAUACAGCUCAAAUCAAAUCGCUCGACGAAAGAUUAGCAUCAUUAACUGGUUUGUUAGUGAACAACUUUGACAAUAAUGUACAGCACGAAAAAGUAGAAAAUCCUAAGAGUAAUCAUAAACCAAGUACAAGCAAAUGGUUAUGUGAAGAAUACUUUCUUAAGGCAAAACUAUUUGAGCUUUUGGAUCAGAUUGGUGACUGCAAUAGGAAGAAGCUUGCUAGAAUCAAAGAAAUGUUAACAGAGCUAUUUGGCGAAGAUAGUGAUGAAGAAUGCAUAAUGUCACCCUUAGAAGAGACGCCUGAAUUCGUCAUAAGUUGUAAAGAGCGCAUUGCUCCUUGGGUGGUUAAACUUCUUACACCUUAUUAUAUAAAAGGACGAAUAAGAGGCAAAAGUCUUUUUAAGGCAUUGGCUAAACAUUUAAUAAGACUGAUUUAUCAAUGUAGUCGAUAUCCACAAGAGUAUGAAGUGAACAGUUUUGUAUCAGAUUUCUUGCAAAAUCAUAAAAUGAUUAGGUGUGAAGCAGACUUCAAGCAAUUUAGAAUUGAGAACUUGUAAAUGUUAUCCGAAUUAUAUAAACAUAGUUCACUUGCAAAGUCUAACGUUGUUUAAAUUUUAAUAAAUUUUAUUAAAACCUAUUUGCAUUUAAACAUUAUAUAUAAAAUUUAAGUUCGAAAUAUAUUGGCAAUGUUCCAGGAAUAUGAUAUACCGUCGACAGCACAUCAGAUAAAACACAGGUCAAUUUUUUUUUAAAUUAAAAUUGUUUAAAUUUUAAAAUUAAUUGUUGAAAUUUGGCCAUUUGUAGUAACCUGGUGUGGUGCUGAAUGUGUACCUAUCCAAGUAAGCCAUUUCCCACAUACUUCUACAUUUAUUUGAACAGUGUUUUCUGUUGGACAAUUCAAUAAAGUUUUAUGCCUAAUAAUGUGAAGGUAAAUUAAUUCUAAUUAAUUAACCUUAUCAACAUACUAAGAAUUUACGUAACAUGUUAUAUGUAAAUAUUAAACCAAAGUGAUAAUGUACUUGUUUGAGAUGGAUAAUAAAAUGUUAUCAUUCUAUUUAUAUGUAUCAUUUUAAAUUCAUAAUCAACAGCGUAUAGGCUUAAUUUUCUUCUACGCUGGCAAUGGUCACUUAUGU